AUGAUAGCAGAAAUUGAAGAGAUCGAAGAAACCGUCAGGAGACGCAUCAUUGAUUUGCGUGAUCCUAAUCAGCGAGAUGAUUUGCUUGCUUGUAAAGGAUUAUUGAAAACGUCCUGCCCUUUGGUAUUUGCAGCAACUAAGGCUUUCGUACGUCACCCUGAAAAUGACGAGUCUCGACAAAAUCGGGAUUAUGCGCAUGGAGAAGUUCUAGCAGCUUUAAAUGCAAUGGAUGCGAUACUGAGAGGUGAAAAACCGGACAUGUCAUUCACUUCUCAAGGCCGUUUAGGUCAUCUUAUCAGUGAACUUGAUCAGUUCCAGAACAGGGUUUACCUUGAACCGGGUACGUACAAGGCUCACAUUCACCGUCCAGAGUUGGAAGAACUUCUUGAACGAAUUGUUAGUGGAUCAGCUGCAAUCGCAGAUUCAGGUAGCACUCGCGCAGAUCGUAAACAAAAGAUUGUCAAUGAAUGCAACAAUCUCCGUCAAGCAUUGCAAGAUCUAUUGGGAGAGUAUGAGAAAAGCGUACUGCUCUUCUGUAUCUUCAUUGCUAAGGUGUGUCACAUAGUUCCACCUCGGUAUUUAGGUAGCACUCGCGCAGAUCGUAAACAAAAGAUUGUCAAUGAAUGCAACAAUCUUCGUCAAGCAUUGCAAGAUCUAUUGGGAGAGUAUGAGAAAAGUGUAUGUUUUUUUCUGUUUACUUCUUUCUCUUUUUCAACUCAUCUUUUUUCGUCUCUAGCGUUCUUUCCUUCUCAUCCCAAAUGAUU